AUGAUUCGCAAUGCUUCAUAUAGGGUGCUGCUAUUGCAUUCCUUGAAACGGGGACAAUGUAUUUCAAUUGGUGGGAUUCGUUUGACAAACACAUCUUCUUUGCCCAGUGAACCACAGCCCGCCUCUUUAUUUCUGAACGAAAAGGAAGUCACCCUCUCUCCCUCAAUAGUUGAGGAACUUCGGAACCCACGGAAUACCCUGACAGGAGCGUCUAAGGUUUCCUCAAAAUCUUUCAACGAGAUCGAUGAAUCAGUGUUUGAGCUGAAUGAAAACCAAGGUAAGACGGAGCUGUGGUCUUCAUCAUACGACCCAGUGACCAGGUCUCCAUUUGCUAAAGACGUGAUCCAUUUGCAAUCUUUACUUGAAGCGCUUUUAGCCAGCAGAAAUUAUGCUCGUGCUGAAAACAUUUUGAUGGCACUCCACCCACUUUCCGAAGGUCCUAGACAUUUCCUUACAUUGGUGAAUAAAUACCUAGAAUCAUUUGCCUUGGAUGAGCUGACUACAUUCAAUGAAACAGACAGUUUUUUCAAGAGAAUGGCCUCAAAGUAUCGGAUCCACCCAGACGAUCGCACUUAUGCUAUUUUUAUUUACAAGUCUUAUUGUGAAAACGGGAACUAUAUGGCCAUCGUCUCGAAAACACUUGCGAAUCCCCAGAUGUCGAAGAAAGUUUUUUCACACAUGGACGUGAUUCCACCAAGUGAUCUUGCGAUUAUUUUGAAAAACCCAGAGAUCAAAGAGUAUCACGUUGCAUGGGAUCUUCGCGUUCUUUUCAAUGAGAUCCGGGAUCCCUUGAACAAGGGGAAAGACAAUGAAGCUGAUGUACCUAAAUACUUCAAAAAUGAAAAAGCUCAAGCUCCAACUCUUGAGACUGGAGCAGCCAAACUUCGCUCAGUUGAUUCUUUCGGUUUGAAAGUUAUCAGACAUACUCUCCUUGGGUUAGAAGGUAAGGAGGAUUUAGACUUGCAGAAUAUUGUCCAAGACUUGAAUCAUGAAAGCUCACAGCAUCUCUUACACAAUCUCAGCGAUGGCAAAAAAAGAAACUUCCACGAAAUCUUCAAAUCUUUGAAAACUGAGGAGGACAAGCAGAAGUUUUGUGAAGUUCUCGAAACUUACAACGAGAAGAGACAACGUGAAUUGGAGAGUAAGGGUAUCGAUGGUGCGCGUGAAAAGUGGAAGUAUGAGUUCGAAGAUAUGAAGAAAAGAGGCGGUCUCAAAUUGAGUAAAAACUUGAACGUUCUCUUAUACAUUUGGUACAAAGACAUGCUUCCACUUGUUGAGGAAGAAACAAAAUUGUGCCAAGAGCUUUUGGAUAAUGAAAUUGACUCGACCCUGUUGGACACUGAACAGAGAAAUCAAAUGAAAGAUCGGUCAUUCUACGCUCCCUUCUUGGUGUUGAUACCACCCAAAAAGUUGACUGUUAUCACUGUCUUAGAGUUGUUGAAGUUGAAUUCCACUGGUGGAGUUGUAGACGGAAUGAGAACUGCUAGAGCGGUAAUCUCGGUCGGCAAAGCCAUUGAACUAGAAUAUCGCUCGCAACUAUUGGUCAAGACACAGCAGAAAUUUUUGCAAGCAAAGGGUUCUUCACACUGGAGUAAAAUUCUCAAAACACAAAAAGCAGAUCAAAACCCAGCGUACUCGGAACAGGACUGGGACUACCCAGUAUACGCAAAACUUGGCUCUGUUCUUACUAGCUUUUUGUUACAAGUCGCCAGAGUUCAAGUAACGGGUACUGAGCCUUCAACGGGCAAGAGAAUUGAGGGCAUGCAACCAGCAUUCCACCACACGCAUCAGUUCGUGCAUGGUCAAAAAUUGGGUAUCAUCAAAUUGCACAAACAAUUGGUGAAUUCUCUCGCUAGUAACACAACAGUUAACUCUGUGCAGCCUCAACUUCUCCCUAUGUUGACUCCUCCACUUGAUUGGACUAGUCAUAGAACGGGAGGAUAUCGGUUCUCCCCAAGCACACUUGUGAGAAUUAAGGACUCUGCUGAGACAAUUGCUUAUGUCAAGGCUGCUUCCGACAGCGGUAGAUUGGAUGGAGUGUAUGCUGGCUUGAAUGUCUUGGGAAAAACUGCUUGGAGUGUUAACGCUAAAGUUCUUGAAGUAAUUUCACACUACUGGAACACAGGAAAUGAAUUCUUGGACAUCCCCCCUAUUGUUGAGGAGCCUAAACUUCCAGAGCCAUUGCCCAAAAACGCUGAGCCUCUCGAGAAGGUCCAGUAUGCCAAAAAGGUUCGUAAUGCGCUCAAUCAAGCGGCAUCUUUCAGAUCUCAGAGAUGUGACACCAACUAUAAGUUGGAAAUUGCCAGAGCAUAUGUUGGUGAGAAAAUGUACUUCCCACACAACGUUGACUUCCGCGGUAGAGCAUACCCUCUACCGCCGCAUCUCAACCAUCUUGGAAAUGAUUUGACUAGGUCGUUAUUCGUUUUCUGGGAGGGAGUCGAGCUUGGAGAAUCUGGCUUGAGAUGGCUUAAGAUUCACUUAGCAAAUUUAUACGGUUACGACAAAGCCUCCUUAGAAGAAAGAGUUCAGUUUGUCGACGAUAAUUUGGAGAAUAUUUGCAAAGUCGCAGAGAAUCCAAUUGCUAAUGAAGAGUGGUGGUCAAAGGCUGAUAAGCCUUGGCAAGUAUUGAGUGUCUGCUUCGAAUUAAAUGAAGCACACAAACUCUCCGAUCCUCGACUGUAUGUUUCAUACAUUCCAGUCCACCAGGAUGGAACCUGUAACGGACUUCAGCACUAUGCAGCUUUAGGUGGUGAUAUCGAAGGUGCAAAGCAAGUUAACUUGGUGCCAUCUGAUAGACCACAAGAUGUGUACAAGUUUGUGGCAAGUCUUGUCGAAAAACGUUUGGAAGUGGAAGCAGCAACUGGUAAAGAGGAGGCUAUUUUCUUGAAGGGAAAAAUUUCCAGAAAGAUUGUGAAGCAAACUGUGAUGACCAAUGUGUACGGUGUAACUUUUGUUGGUGCCGUGGCGCAAAUCGAAAAACAGCUUUCGGGUCUUUUCGGAAAGGAUGAUUACGCAACUGUGCAAAAACACUCUCGGUACCUCACAAGUUUGGUUUUUGCCUCCAUCAGAGAAUUGUUUGCCGGCGCCCACUUGAUUCAGGACUGGUUGGGAGAAUCUGCCAAGCGUAUCUCUAAGUCAGUGAGAAUUGACUAUGAGGAUAAGAAUGCACAGGAAGCCAAGAAGCCAAAUCAUUUGUCGUCCGUUAUUUGGACCACUCCUCUUGGGUUGCCAUGCGUUCAACCAUACAGAGCAAUUCUGAAUCAAGUUGUGUCCACAAACUUACAAGACAUUUCAAUCUCGGAUCCCUGGAAGGCUACACAAGUUGACGCCAGAAAACAACAGACAGCAUUCCCGCCAAACUUCAUUCACUCUCUCGACGCAACACAUAUGCUUAUGACAGCAGCAGCCUGUGGAAGGGAAGAAUUGAGUUUUGCGUCUGUUCAUGACUCUUACUGGACUCAUGCUGCGAACGUUGAUAGAAUGAAUGUGAAAAUUCGUGAAUCUUUUGUCAAAUUACACGAAGAGAGUUUGAUUGUCAGGCUUCGUGACGAAUUCGAGAAGAGAUAUAAGGGGUUCUUGCAGGUUGUGUUUAUUCCAGGAGAGCACGACCUAGCAAGAAAGGUAAAGAAGAUCAGAAAGGAUAUCGUCAAGGAUUUGAAGCGCGGUCUUACGGUCGCUGACGAGAUCUACAUUGAAAGAAAAAGACAGGAACUUUUACAGUCACCUGAUGCGACAAAGCAAAAAUUGGGGCGUGAAAUGGUGACUACGGUCAGUGUUGCCGAGGAGUACGAUGUCUCCAAAUUUACUGUCACCUCUGCCAAGAGCAAGGCGAUUCAAGUCUUGGUACCUUUGAAGUUUCCCGACAUCCCCGAAAGAGGAUCAUUGGAUGUCCAGGUUGUGAAGGACUCGCCUUAUUUCUUUUCAUAA